GUGUCCAAAAAUGAUAACGGAGAAAACGAAAGUUUAACACAAAAGACAAAACUGAGAAGUUUCUUCUGAUGUUCUUCGUUCAGCUGGACACAAUAAAAAUUUAUUUUAAGAUUUUUACGUCUGCUAAUUUGAUUAAUCUAAAAUACAAUGGAAACCAGGGAAGAACUACAGAAGUUACUUUCUAAAUAUGUUGUGGACACCCUCAACCUCAUUCAGACAGUCAGAGACUUCUGUGACAGGGAAGAGAAAUGGACCCUUCAUAGAGAAACAGAGCUGAAGAGCAUCAGAGAAAUCAAGGAUCAAGCAGACAAAAUCAGUCUUAAGAUAAAUCAUGUUGAGCGCUCAGAGAAUAAAGUCAAGGCUGUUGGCGAGUACCUGUGGAAUGGUUUGACAUAUUUUGUCAAAGCUGACUCCAAAUAUCAGAAACUGGAGAAGAAACUUGGUGAUGUCCUUAAAAACACAUUUGAGGGUCUGGAGAAACUUGACCACUUUCUGGAUGCAGUGGAGAAACUAACAGUUACCUCAUUAAAUGUCUUCACUGAUCAAAGUGUCCUGCCGAAUGGGGAGAACCCUGCAAAUGUGCGAUCGGUCAUCACAGCUGCCAGAAUGGCGUCUCCUCUCCUCCUCCACUUUAAACGAAAUAAUAAAUCCUUCUUCCGUCCCAUACUUAAUAAUGUGGAUGUCCUGGCCUUUCAGCUAGACAAAUACAUACAAAUUACACAACAGCUUUCUAUGAAAAUGGAGAGAACAUCUAGGAGUGUAUUAUGGUGUGGAGACGAACAUGGAAGUAAGAAGGAUGAGCCUUUAGAAAUGUUCAGUUUGCACAUAAGUGAGACCUCCGUGCAAAAACUGCUCGAUCAUUUGAACCAGUUGAGCCAAAUAAGGAUGGACCAUCACACCAGGCUGGCAUUUCUUUUUCAGGAUGAUGCUUUGAACUUCAUUGGUUUGUUCAGUCAGUGUCGCUCUAGGAUGAAGCAGUUCUUGUCAGAUCUGGAGGAAAGUGCAGUUCAACUGGACAGGAUGAAGAAAGGAGCCAGUAUUUCUACUAUAGCUGGUAGUUCAUUGGGGAUAGCAGGAGGCGUCUUGUCCAUUGUUGGCCUUGCUCUUUCUCCUGUCACUGCAGGAGUGUCUUUGACUCUCACCCUGACAGGGGUUGGUCUGGGGGUAAUCAGUGGUGUCAAUAGUUUAGUGAUGGGUGUCACUGAAACAGCAGUUAACGUUCACUUUGGUAAAAAUGCACAAAACAUUUUCCGGGAAUUCAUGAAUGAUACAAAUAAGAUCCAGUGCUGUUUGGAGCAGGCCAGUGUGAAGCGUGUAAAGGAUCUCGAUGUGGUUGAUAUUUUCAAAGCUGAGAAGGUUUUAGUCCGUGCUGGAGGAGUGGCCAAAGGUAUUGAUGCUCUGGUGGAUGCAGCUUCAGCUGUUAAAGUUCUCAAAAGUGAGCAGAUGGUUCCAGCUGCAACCAAGAUGGGGCUGCAGGACUUGCCUGACAUUGGGAAGUUGGCAAAAGGUACACAACUAGCACUCUCAAAGUCAGCAAGAGCUGGGUUUAUUACAGUAAAUGCCCUAUUUAUUGGUUUGGAUUUCCUUUUUAUUUGUAAAGACAGCAUAAGUCUGGCAAAAGGGAGCAAGAGUGAAACAUCUCAGCUCAUCCGCUCCAGAGCAACUCUGUGGAAAUCUGAACUCGAGGCCUGGCAGAAGAUUUAUGAUUCUUUAUGCAUAGGAAUAGAAAAGUUUAGAAAGAGCCAGAUCCUGCUGGAUCAACCCUUUCUUCCUUAGUAAUAAGUCUACAGGUUAUUUAUUAAUACACUUGUAUACAUAUGUUAAUUCAUUAAUUCUUAUAUUAUUCAUUUGAAUAUAAUACAUACACUACUAACACAAGUUAAUCUGGUGGUGUCCUAGCUGGCACACAGUUUUUAUCAAACUGUGUAGCAUGUAGCCUACCUAUUAUACAAAAAAUAAAUUAAUAAAACAGAAAACAAAUACUAGGCACAAUUUUAUUUACACACUUUAUUUAUAAGCACAGGGUAGUGAAAAAGGUUGGCAAUUAGGAGUGAAGGAAAGCAUAAACUUCCCCAAAAGAGAAGAUACAUUUUUAUUAUUUUAUAAUUUACAUUUGUUUUGUUAUCAUGCCAGAGAAUUCUCAGACCAACAUAAUCAAAGUUUAAAGAAUGCAUAACAUUGUGGAGUGUAUUUUUAUGUUUUGACCGCCUAGUCUGUGAAAUAUAUUAUUUCUUGGGGGUGGAGCACUAAGACAUUAUAUAUCCAAUAAUAUUUAGUUUAACAGAUACAGGGUUUCAUGAGAUUACAAUGUAUCUUUUUGUGCUGUAUAUGAUGGUCGUAAAUUGAUUUUAAAGUCAAAUUUUAGUAUUCCUACUGGAUUUCUCAAAAACAGCUUAUAUUGAUGUCAAUUCAUUUAAUAAACAUAUCAAUAACUUGAAAAUGUCUUUCGUCUUACUUUUAAUUCAAUAAUUCAACUUUAAUUCAACAUGCUUCACCCUCAAGAGAUCUUGAGGCCAAAACAUAUAUUUUUAUUAAAAAAAAAUAUAUAUAUAUAUAUAUAUAAUCAUCUCAUUGCACAUCUCUCUAAAAAACACAAGGGGGAGCUGUAGCGCCUGUAUAAACAAGACAGUAUCAGAUUACUUUAAAAAAAAGUGUUAUGUGUAAAAAUAUUUACUGCCAGAUAAACCUUGCAAAAGAUUUAAUUUAAAUAAUCACAACAAUCUGUGAAAAUUAUUUUAUAAACAAAAAAAUGUAUGAGAAUUAUAUGUCAAAGCAAUAAACAGGCAGGAUUUCAUGCAUCAGCAUCAAUGAAAAGCUUGAAGUCAGGGCACUGAUUCGGGCAGUGGCAUAGUCACAAUAAUGUUAUAGCGUCCCCAUGUGGAAUUACAAAAAAAUUAUUAAAAAGGCAGCUGUGGAGUUUGUCAGAAAUCGGGUUUAGGGUUAAGAUUGGGGGAGGAUUGGGAAAGAUUGGGCUAAAACUGCGCUCAUACGGCGCAAGAUUUCACGAGAUUUUGGCCGUAGCUGUAUCCCUUCUAGGCACAAUCCUAUGUUGUCAGUAAACUAGGCUUGUUCGACUUCAU